UUCCGGGUUCCCCGGGACGGAGCCGGAGCCUGCUCCGCGGCGCGGCAGGAAGUGAGUUUCGCACGGCAAUUCCGGGCGGUGUCACGAGUGAGAAGUUCUUUUUCCUCCUUCGGCGGAGAUCCCGGUUGGGGCUGGGAAACUCCUGCACGAGUCGGACCAGGAAGCCCGCCCGCGCCCGGCCCCCCCGGAGCCGCCUGCCGGGACUGCCGGAGGCCGCGCGCGCCCGGCCGAGAAAUUCGGUUGGAGCCGAGUGACUCACGCAGGGGAGGAAAUCAUGUCACGCCGAGCCUCGGAGGCGCUGCCCUGAGCCGCGUCCGGCCGAAAGCAUGUUGACUCAAUUAAGAAACAUCAGGGAGAUAAAUUCAACCCAGUGUAUCUAAAAAUGACUACAAAACGAAGUUUGUUUGUGCGGUUGGUACCCUGUCGCUGUCUACGAGGGGAAGAGGAGACUGUCACUACUUUGGAUUACUCUCACUGCAGUUUGGAACAGGUUCCCAAAGAGAUUUUUACAUUUGAAAAAACUUUGGAGGAGCUCUAUUUAGAUGCUAAUCAGAUUGAGGAACUUCCAAAGCAACUUUUUAACUGUCAGUCUCUACACAAACUGAGUUUGCCAGACAAUGAUUUAACAGCGUUACCAGCGUCCAUUGCAAAUCUUAUUAAUCUCAGGGAACUGGACGUCAGCAAAAAUGGAAUACAGGAGUUCCCAGAAAAUAUAAAAAACUGCAAAGUCUUGACAGUUGUGGAAGCCAGUGUAAACCCUAUUUCUAAGCUCCCUGAUGGAUUUUCUCAGCUGUUAAACCUAACCCAGUUAUACCUGAAUGAUGCUUUCCUUGAGUUCUUGCCAGCUAAUUUUGGCAGAUUAACUAAACUCCAGAUACUAGAACUUAGAGAAAACCAGUUGAAAAUGUUGCCUAAAACCAUGAACAGACUGACCCAGCUGGAAAGACUGGAUUUGGGCAGUAAUGAAUUCACAGAAGUGCCUGAAGUACUUGAGCAACUAAGUGGACUGAAAGAAUUUUGGAUGGAUGGUAAUAGACUGACUUUUAUUCCAGGGUUUAUUGGUAGUUUGAAACAGCUCAUAUAUUUGGAUGUUUCUAAAAAUAAUAUUGAAAUGGUUGAAGAAGGAAUUUCAGCAUGUGAAAACCUCCAAGACCUCCUGUUAUCAAGCAAUUCACUUCAACAACUUCCUGAGACUAUUGGUUCAUUGAAGAAUGUCACAACUCUUAAAAUAGAUGAAAAUCAAUUAAUGUAUCUACCAGAGUCUAUAGGAGGGUUAAUAUCAAUAGAAGAACUGGAUUGCAGUUUCAAUGAAAUUGAAGCUUUGCCUUCAUCUAUUGGACAGCUUAAUAACAUAAGAACUUUUGCUGCAGAUCAUAAUUACUUACAGCAGCUACCCCCAGAGAUUGGAAAUUGGAAAAAUGUAACUGUGCUGUUUCUCCAUUCUAAUAAGCUUGAGAUACUUCCAGAGGAAAUGGGUGAUAUGCAGAAAUUAAAAGUCAUUAAUUUAAGUGACAAUAGAUUAAAGAAUUUGCCCUUUAGCUUUACAAAGCUACAACAGUUGACUGCUAUGUGGCUUUCAGAUAAUCAGUCCAAACCCCUGAUACCUCUUCAAAAAGAAAGUGACUCAGAGACUCAGAAAAUGGUGCUUACUAACUACAUGUUCCCUCAGCAGCCAAGGACUGAGGAUGUUAUGUUCAUAUCAGAUAAUGAAAGUUUUAAUCCUUCCUUAUGGGAAGAACAGAGGAAACAGCGGGCCCAAGUUGCAUUUGAAUGUGAUGAAGACAAAGAUGAAAGGGAGGCACCUCCCAGGGAAGGAAAUUUAAAGAGAUACCCAACACCAUACCCAGAUGAGCUUAAGAAUAUGGUCAAGACUGUUCAAACCAUUGUACAUAGAUUAAAAGAUGAAGAGACCAGUGAAGACUCCGCAAGAGAUGUGAAACCACAUGAAGACCAGCAAGUUACAAACAGAGAUGUGAGUGUGAAGAGUUCAGAAAGUACUACUCUGAUAAAAAGCAAAGUUGAUGAAAGAGAAAAACAUGUGAUAGGGAACUCUCUACAGAAGAUCAAUGAACCUGAAGCUGAGAUCAGUCCUGGGAAUUUACCAGUGACUGUAAAUAUGAAAGCCUCUGAGAACUUGAAGUACAUUGUUAAUCAUGAUGAUGUUUUUGAGGAAUCUGAAGAACUUUCUUCUGAUGAAGAGAUGAAGAUGGCAGAGAUGCGACCGCCGUUGAUUGAAACCUCCAUUAACCAGCCAAAAGUCGUAGCACUUAGUAAUAGCAAGAAAGAUGAAACAAAGGAUACAGAUUCUUUAUCAGAUGAAGUUACACACAAUAGCAAUCAGAAUAACAGCAAUUGUUCCUCUCCAUCUCGGAUGUCUGAUUCAGUUUCUCUUAAUACUGAUAGCAGUCAAGACACCUCUCUCUGCUCUCCCGUGAAACAAACUCAUAUUGAUAUUAAUUCUAAAAUCAGGCAAGAAGAUGAGAAUUUUAACAGCCUUUUGCACAAUGGAGAUAUUUUAAACAAUUCACCAGAGGAAAAAAUCAAGGUUCAUGAUAAAAAAGAUUUUAACUUUCCUGAAUAUGAUUUAAAUAUCGAAGAACGAUUAGUUCUAAUUGAGAAAGGAGUUGACUCAACAGCCACAUCUGAUGAACCUCACAAAUUAGACCAUAUCAAUAUGAACCUCAAUAAACUUGUGAGUAAUGAUACAUUUCAACCAGAGAUACUGGAAAGAUCAAAGACACAGGAUAUAGUGCUUGGAACAGGCUUUUUAAACAAUUCUAAAAGGGAAGCUGAGCAUUUGGAAAACGGAAACAGGUAUCAUAAUUUGGAAUCCAUAAAUAAGGCAAAUGGACAUUCUGAGGAAAUGCCACAAUCUCCUACUGGGACUGAGCCACAAGAUACCGGUUCUUCUGUUGAUGUAGGUAUUUCCAAAAGCACUGAAGAUCUUUCCCCUCAGAGUGGUGGUCCAGUUGGCUCUGUUGUGAAAUCUCAUAGCAUCACUAAUAUGGAAACAGGAGGGUUAAAAAUUUAUGAUAUUCUUAGUGAUAAUGGACCUCAGCAGUCAAGUGCAGCAGUUAAAAUCACGUCCGCUAUUGAUGGAAAAAAUAUAGUCAGGAGCAAGUCUGCCACACUCUUGUAUGAUCAACCAUUACAAGUAUUUACUGGUUCUUCUUCAUCUUCUGAUUUAAUAUCAGGUACAAAGGCAAUAUUCAAGUUUGAUUCAAAUCAUAAUCCUGAAGAACCAGAUAUAGUGAGAGCCCCUACAACAAGUAGCCCACAAUCUACACCUCAAAUGUAUAGUUCUCCACAAUAUAAUAUCCAAUACAGUAGCAAUGCUGCAGUAAAAGACAGUUUGUGGCACUCCAAACAGAGUUCCCCCACAGAUCCUGUUAGUUUUCCUCCUCAUCGCCUUCCUAGAUCAGAAAGCACAGAAAACCACAGUUACGCUAAACAUUCUGCCAAUAUGAAUUUCUCUAACCAUAACAAUGUUAGAGCUAAUACUGCGUACCAUUUCCAUCAGAGACUCGGCCCAACAAGACAUGGAGAAAUGUGGGCCAUCUCGCCAAAUGACCGACUUGUUCCUAAUGUAAACCGAACUACAAUUCAGCGACAAAAUAGUGUGUCCUCAGCAGCCUCUGUAAAUCUUGGUGAUCCCGGUUCCACAAGGCGUGCUCAGAUUCCUGAAGGAGAUUAUUUAUCAUACAGAGAGUUACAUUCAGUGGGAAGAACUCCUCCAGUGAUGUCGGGAUCACAGAGACCUCUGUCUGCACGAACAUACAGCAUGGAUGGCCCAAAUGCGUCAAGGCCUCAGAGUGCUCGACCUUCUGUUAAUGAAAUAUCAGAGAGAACUAUGUCAGUUAGUGAUUUCAACUAUUCACGGACUAGCCCUUCAAAACGACCAAAUGCAAGGGUCGGUUCUGAACAUUCUUUGUUAGAUCCCCCAGGAAAAAGUAAAGUUCCUCAUGAUUGGCGAGAACAAGUACUUCGACACAUUGAGGCUAAAAAGUUAGAAAAGAGCAUGCUGUCAAGGUCCUUUAAUUCCAAUUUCACUGCUGUCAGCAGCUCUCAGUAUGGCAGCUCUAGGGAUCUACAUGGCAGCCAGGGCAGUCUUGCCUUGAGUGUUGCAGACGGAAGAGGUUCUGGUGGGCACAUUUUUCAAAUGCCUUUGAGUAAUGGACAGAUGGGCCAGCCUCUCAGGCCUCAGGCAAAUUAUAGUCAAAUACAUCACCCCCCUCAGGCAUCUGUGGCAAGGCAUCCCUCUAGAGAACAACUAAUUGAUUACUUGAUGCUGAAAGUGGCCCACCAGCCUCCAUAUACACAGCCCCAUUGUUCUCCUAGACAAGGCCAUGAACUGGCAAAACAAGAGAUCCGAGUGAGGGUUGAAAAGGAUCCAGAACUUGGCUUUAGCAUAUCAGGAGGUGUCGGGGGUAGAGGAAAUCCAUUCAGACCUGAGGAUGACGGUAUAUUUGUAACAAGGGUACAGCCUGAUGGACCAGCAUCAAAAUUAUUGCUACCAGGUGAUAAAAUUAUACAGGCUAAUGGCUACAGUUUUACCAAUAUUGAACAUGGACAAGCAGUGUCCAUGCUAAAAACUUUCCAGAAUACAGUAGAACUCAUCAUUGUACGAGAAGUUUCCUCAUAAACACUGUGGACAAAAAAAGAGGGGAAGGACAGCAAGAUUUAUUGGAAGAUACUUGCAGGGGAUAUUAAUAUUUUGACUAUUUUUAUAUGUAAAGAAGAACUCAAUUCUGUUCAAAUUUGUACAUUAAUGAAAUAAUGAAGCUUAAGGUUAGAGGGAAAGAACCACUGUACAGAAGAUAAAGGAGACUGUUGAAUUCAUACCAUGUAAAACUUAGGUUUUUAAACAUAGCAAUCAAGGCUACAAAAACAAACUUAUGUUGGUUUUGUAUAGAUUGUAGGUUUAUUUUUGGAUUUCAUAUACAUGACUGAACUGUGCAAGGCACUAGUUAGCCUUGAUUGUAGCCCAGAGACAGAUGGCAGAGCUAUCUCUCUCACAGCUUUUAUGCCCUUAUUUUUAUUCAACUUUUGUUAAUGUUUUUCUGCGGAAACUUCUUUUUUUUUCAAUGUGGGCAAGAGAUUUGAAGUGUUGGCUUUUGCUAUGUGCAUACUGAAUUGAAGAGUGAGUAGGUGAAGGUGGUGCUGGUGGGUUCACUUUCCAAGGCCAGAUUAAAACAGUUUUUUCUUAUAAAAAUCUGGAAGCAAAGAGUGAAAAAAAAGCUGAUACUGUGUUUUUAUUAAUAGAAUAAUGCAAUAAAAUAUGUAACGUCUUUUUAAAGAAGUAAAAAGACAAUAAUUGCAUUUUAUGAGCUCUACAAGGUCCAUUGUCAUAGCCAUUGAUUAUACAUUUGCUACUGAUGAUUCAAUUUUUAAUUUUUUAGUCACAGGAAAUUUUUAACUACUGUAGAUGCAUGUCCAUGCAUUCCUCAUGCUAUGGAAAUCUCGAUUUUUUUUUUUUUUUUGGUAAAUGGUGAUCUUGCAAUUGGUUAUAGUUAGUGCUCCAUUUUAAUCUAAUUACUGUUUUGUUUUAAAACAGCAAAUGGAACUAAAAUGUCCAGUUUUAAGAUUGUGCUGCCUAUAAACACAACAUGUAAGAAGGAUCAGGAAAGCCUCUUGAUUUUUAUUUGACUGUGAAUCGCCUUGGUAAAGUAAAAGGAAACAUGAAGUACGUGUGGAGCUAGGAAACCAAAGCAAGUCUGUGAAACUGGCACAGUGAUAGAAAAUUGCUGUGGAGAGUUGUAGAACAAAGGGAUGGGUCCUUGAGGCCUACCAGUGUGGAAAGUGUUCAGAUAAAGGGCUGUUCCUGUAAGUAACAUUAAAUGUGAACUUAAUGCUUUAGAGUCUUUAAAGGGUUUCUAAAUGUAUCCUUGUAAUAGUGUUUUGCCACCAACUGCCUUUGUUCUAGUUACUGUAAGUUACAAGUGUUUGAUGAUACAAGUUUAUUAAUUUUGUUUGCCUAAACCAUUAAUUUUGUUUUUGUUGUAUGUAAUCAAAUAAAAUUUGAGUAACAUACAAUGGUAAGAAUUAAUGCAUGGUUAUUUGGACCAGAAAAAAGUGCCAUAGAAGACCAAUAACUGUUUUUAGCUGAGGCUAGUCUAAAGCUUUUUAUUAGAGCCAUGUUCAGUUCUUCCACUCAUUUUUAAUUUCUAAGAAAUAUACUUAGGAAAAUUUUAAUGCUACCAUUUUUCUUUUAAGACUUGUGUAAGACUAGCUGAAAUACCAAUCUACACUGUUUCUGGAAAAGUGAGUAGGACUCACUUUCUAGUCAGAGUGAAUAGAUAGCACUUUUAAAAACAUGUGAAUUCAAAUAUUGCACAUCUUUCAAGAUGUUAUCAACUGGUUUUUGUACUGUAUAGUUUUAAUAAUUUUGAUUGAAACCCUUUAACAACUCUUUGUAAGUUUUAACACAUUUUAGUUGAUGCUCAGUAGUAUUUACAUGGAAUUGAUUUUUAUGGAUAUAGUAGAAGAAAUGUGCUGUAUUUUGGUAAAAUUCACUUGUAUGUGUGUUGUAAUCUCUAAAAAAGAAUGACAAACAGCUUCGUUAAGACAAGUCUCGGCGUUCCCUUUAUUGUGUUGAUUUUUUAAGAAGUUGGCUUUGUAAAAUGGUCACAUUCUAAUUUUAUUAAUUUCAAAUUUUCAUGAUCACAUUUAACUUUUUAUUACAAAUAUAUAAAAUAGUUCCAAAAUUAUAGUUUUGGAAUAGGAAUUAAACCUCACAAAGAAUUGAUUCUUCAGUGAUCUACCUUUAAAUUUAUUAUCUGCAUACUAUCUCAAAACAUUAUACAUAUAACAGAACUAGUAUUGUAUUCCAUUCUAGUUAAUUGUAAAAUUUUGUAAUGUUCUACAACAUGUAGAGUUAAAGUUUAUUACCAAGAAGGAUAAUACAUGCUAUAAUAUAAAAAGAAAAAAGAGGAAAAAGGUUUUGUACUUAAUGGUCAAAGUUUUUUUUUCCAAAAUGUUGGAAAAUUAAAAGUAAAAGAUAAAAACUUUCAUUAGAAUCUCUGUUAUGGUAGUAACCAACUUUCAAAAUUCAAUAUAUAAUUUAAAUCUUUUGAAGAAAUGGAGAAGACAAUUUUAGGAGUUUUUUUCCCCCUGCCUAACUGCAGACAGUUUAGUUUGUGUUCUCUUGUGUUCUCAAAUUGUAGUUAAGGCCUGUGCUCUUAAGUGAUUCACUAAGUAUUAUGUAGCAAAUUUUCAAAACCAAAACUGCCUUCUUUUAAAACUUUUUAAAAUUUCUUACCCUAAGCAGUACUAUUUUAUACCAGUAAAAAUGAUAUUGAUCAAAGUAAUUUAUUCAGUAUUGAAUUAGUAACACAAACUAGUUCUUUGUUGAUUCAUUAAGGAAUCAUCAGUUCAUCUGAAUUAGUAGUCUUUUAAAAUUCUCUAUAUUUAUCUUGUAAAUAUUUUUCUCAUCUCUUUGGACUGAUCUUGAACAUGUAUAUAUACUUGACAAAUUCUUUUGAACACAAACAGAACUUGCUGUACUUUAAAAAAAUCACAUUAGCAGCUGUGUAAUAUUUUUAUCAGCAUCUAUUCAACAUUCCAAAUUUUGUAUAUAUCUAGAUUGUUUGAAGUAACACCUAGAGGGUAGAAAAUAAAAGAGUGGUGUUUUAA